UUUACGAACUCUACACAAGUCACAUCACUAAAUAUGAUUGUUUUUCAUUUACUUUUAGUGGCAUUUUCAGCAGCACAAGAAACACACAUAGACUCAAACGACAUAACAGAUGUUAAACCAGACAUGUCAUUUGAACUGGAAGACUUAGACGACUAUAGUAAUGGUCCAAAUUAUCCAUGGCUUGAAUACUUAAUAAAAUUAUCACAAUCUAAUUACAAUAAUGAUGAUUCCUCCAGUUCUUCUGAAGAAAUGUCUUUUAAACACGCGAGAUCUGAUCCUGAAGCUAAUGCUGAAAAGAAUUUAGAUUUUGCAAACGACUAUGACGAUAAUAUAUUGGAAGCACCGACAAGCAGAAUGGUUUCACUUUUGGAACUUUUUGGACAUUUUCUUAAUGGAAAGAAAAAACUUCUAAACGGAAUAAAUGAAGGAGUUCUUGGCGGUAAAACAUUUUUAGAUGGUAUUCAAGAAAUAACUAAGGGACUAGGCGAUUUAUUAGCAACGACUUAA